GGGACAGGUGAGGGCUCGGAAGCCAGCGCAGUAAGGGGACCGUGGACCAUGGGAUAGGGGCAGGGGGUGGGGAGCGGGGGCGGCGGGUCGCGAGGGACGGGGGCGGGAACCCGGGAGGCGGGCUUCAGGGGGCGGGAGCAUCCGGUCUGCAGCUGCCGCCGCGCAGUGAGAUAAGCUUGGUUUGGCUGAGGAGACGCGGCCUGCUAGGUGGUCCUCAGACCCGCAGACGUUGGGUCAACAAGGAAACUGAGUCCACUUGACCAGAAGAGAAUCGAAGACAAAGUCACCAUGGCUGCAGUAUCUACUGAUGGAAACCAAGACAAAGCUCCCCAUUUGCCACCACUUAGCAAGCAGAGUCUGUUGUUUUGUCCAAAAUCAAAGCUGCACAUCCACAGAGCAGAGAUUUCAAAGAUAAUCCGGGAAUGUCAAGAGGAAAGUUUCUGGAAGAGAGCUCUGCCUUUUUCUCUUGUAAGCAUGCUUAUCACCCAAGGGCUGGUCCACCAAGGUUAUUUGGCAGCUAACCCGAGGUUUGGAUCAUUGCCUAAAGUUGCACUUGCUGGUAUCUUGGGAUUUGGCCUUGGAAAGGCAUCAUACAUAAGAGUGUGCCAGAGUAAAUUCCAUUCCUUUGAAGGUCAGCUGCGUGGUGCUGGUUUUGGUCCAGGGCAUAACAGGCACUGCCUGCUUACCUGUGAGGAAUGUAAAAUAAAGCAUGGAUUAAGUGAGGAGGGAAGUUCACAGCCCUCAGCUUCCUAAAUACUGUCUAUGGGCUUUGAAGUUUCUAAAAAUCUCUGAAUUUUUACACCUCUAAAAUGUCAAGUAUUCUUUAAAAUAAUAUACUUAUAAUGGAACAGAAACAUUGUGAUUCUCUCUCCUGAAAUGCUUUCCUGUUGAUUCUCAAUUGAUCAUUACAUGUUUUUCUGCUAUUUAAGACUAUCUUGGGAAUAUUCACACACCAAAAGAAAUCAUGUUGCAGUUUAACUUGCUUACAGCUAAGUAAAAGAAUUUAAUUAAAAAGAUGUGGUGCAUAUACACGGUGGAAUACUACUCAGCCAUAAAAAAGAAUGAAAGAAUGCCAUUUGCAGCAACAUGGAUGCAACUAGAGAUUCUCAUACUGAGUGAAGUAGUUCAGAAUGAGAAAGACAAAUACCAUUAUUUGUGAAAUCUAAUAUAUGGCACAAAUGAACCUAUCUAUAGAACAGAAGCAGACUCAGACAUGGAGAAGAGACUUGUGGUUGCCAAGGGGAAGGGGGAGGAAGUGGGAUGGGCUGGGAGUUUGAGAUUAGUAGAUGCAUACUGUUACAUUUAGAGUGGCUAAGCAAUGAGGUCCUAUUGUACAGCACGGGGAACUAUACCCAAUCCCUUGUGAUAGAACAUAAUGGAAGAUAAUAUGAGGAAAAGAAUGUGUAUAUAUGUACAACCGGGUCACUUUGCUCUACAGCAGAAAUUGACACAAUGUUGUACAUCGACUGCGCUUUAAUAAAAAAUUGAAAAAGAAUUUAGAGUCUUCUUUUAUCCAUCCAUUCCCCCCAGCCAUUCUUUCAUUCUGUUUUUGUUCAGGUUUUAAGAUCUCAGAUAGAAGACAGGAAUGAAUGUCGAGAAACUUGGGAAGUCAUGCCUCGAGGAAAACCAACACGUAUGGAGGUUAAAAUACAAAGCGAGAAAGAUUGCGUCUAUGACAAGUGCUUUCUAAAACAUAGGGGCCAACAUUUUUGAACCUAAUGAAAGGUAUUUCACUUGAAGGAGUCACAGUAUGAAUCAUGUCCUCUUGGUGAUCCGGGUGACUGGCUUAUCAGUAUGGUAAAGUUUUAGAAAAACCCGUAGUUUUAGGUUAUGUGCUUAGCUAAUGGGUACAUGCUCAUGGUCAGCACUCAGGAACUGGGUUCUUUUAUAUUCUGCUGGUGGCCUGAAAGAAUAAACAGCUUCCCAAAACGUCCCUCCUCCCAAGGAACAGUUUACAUACUUCUGGAAGGAAUCACUGGAAGAAUUAAUCAGAGAAUGGUAGAUAGAGCUCAGGGCUCCAAGUGAGCUCGAAGCAGCCAAUCCAACCCCAAGCGUUGAAUUCCUAGUCUCCUGCUAGGUUUUUGGAAUGAAAACAAAUUCUGCCACUGGGGACAUUUCAUCUUGUGACACGUUGUCUGAGCCCUAUCUGAAAACGUCUCUUGCAUCUUUGCAUUUUCUCAGGAAAAUGCUUUAGAUAUGUGUCACCACUUUUAUACACACACACACACAAAUACAUAUACGUGUCGCAGACACGGCUCAGAUCCUGUGUUGCUGUGGCUGUGGUGUAGGCUGGCAGCUGCAGCUCCAAUUGGGCCCCUAGCCUGGGAACCUCUGUGUGCCGUGGGUGCGGCCCUAAAAGGCAAAAAAAAAAAAAAAAAUCAGCAUCUCAGUAGUGGGAAAAGAUGAAGCUAUUACUGUUGAAAAGGGAACACUGUUUUUAUUGCUGACAGCUUCAUAGUCCUUCUGACUUCCACUGGGUUUAUGGUUUGUGCUCUGAUCUUCCUAAGUGGAUAAGUUUUUUAUUGAAGUAGUUUAUCACAGUGAUCUUAAUGUGAAAGAAAAUCAAUAAAGAAAAAAAAAGCUGCAAUGUCAUCCAAGAAAUCUUGAAGAGUUUGCUGCAUUAUCUGUUGUAUAUAUCAGGAAGCAGGGUUUUGCAGGAAGACAUUAAAGGAGCAACAUUGGUCUGUUAGCAUUUAGCAGUUGCCAGCAGUCAUCACCAAGGUGGUCCUAAGUGCAUAAGAAAGAGUACUUUCAUGAUAAAAAAAAAAAAAGCCAGGUGGCACUCAGCACUGCCCAGAAAUUGUGACUAGAUUAGAUUUUUUAGGUAGUUUUAUUUUCCAUUUUACCGCAGGUAACAGUUUUGCUAAGCUCUACUACACAGUCUCUUCCAAUAACAUUUUCCUUUCCUGUAUUCCCU